AUGGCUCCUCAAGCUCAUCAUCAUCGACCUACUCUCAAACAGUCCAACAAGUCGUUCAAGUCCAAGCAUGCCUCUAAAGGUGCGAGGAAGGCCGCUGCUAAAGGCAAGACUGCAGCUAUUACUGCUCCCAAUGCGUCUACUCGCAAAGCGGUCGACGCUGGCUCAAAGAAGACUCGCCUGAACCAACAGGCUCAAAAGCGAGACGUCAAACAACGUGCGGGCCGGGAGGACGCCAAGUUCUUCUCUAUGAGCUCCAAUGGAGGCAAGGUCCCCCGCAUUGUCUCCAUUGUCCCGCUUCUGCCGUCACUCUCCUGUGAACGUUUGGUUUACGACCUGCUGCCGGCUCUCGGCCUCUCCGAGAACGACAUUGCUGGGCUUCAUUGGGAUGGCCACUCGUCUUUCGUUACCAUGGCUCCCCGAUUCAAGUCGUCUAUCCACUUCAACAUCUUGCCCCCGCUCCAAGUCUUCUCCGCCCUCGACGCCGCUCUCGCCAGUGACAUUGUCAUCCUCCUCCUCAGCAGCGUGGAUGAAGUCCAGCUCGAGGGCGAAGCCGUCUUGAGGUGUCUCCAAGGACAGGCUGGUGGCGUGACCGCUUUCGCUUGUGUUCAGUCCCCAGAGUCGACACCACUGGCAGGUGCAACAAAGUCGCUGGUGCACAAGUCGCUCUUAUCCUUCUCCCGUUACUUCUUUCCGUCCGUGAACAAGGUCUUCUCCGCCGAUACUGUGAACGACGCGAUUCUCCUGGCCCGUGCAUUAUGCGAAACGCCACCUGCUUUCAUUCAACAUCCGGACGGACGGGCAUGGUUGGUUGCGGAAGAGGAGCCUAUGUGGUUUUCGGCAGAGGACACAGUAAACAACGAUCAACAGCAACUCUCUGAGUGCGGGUCGCUCAGGGUAACUGGCACUGUGCGAGGCGGGCGCCUCAGUGCGAACCGUCUUGUGCAUCUACCUGGUUUGGGGGACUUCCAGAUCUCCGAGAUCUCGGCAGCACCAUCUCUGUCCACGCGCGAUGGCUACCCUUCGGCCGUCUGUCUUUCUUCGCCCGGCGAUGAGGCUGAUGACUUGACUGCCAACAAUGUGCCGGAUCUGCUUGCCAACGAGCAGACUUGGCCAACCGAGGAGGAGAUGAUGGGAGCCCAAGGAACUGAGACAGACGACCUCCCCAAGCGUGUGAAGCGUGUGCCUAAAGGUACCAGUGCCUAUCAGGCGGCCUGGAUCGUCGACGAUGACGAUGAGGACGAUGAGGGCACUGCGGGCGAUGAUGCCGAAUCUGCCAGCGAUAUGAUGGACACUGAAGCCAUGGAAUCAGACCUGGACUCUCCGAUCCAAGACGAGACGGAAGAGCUGGAGGAGGUGGAACUUGAUGCUCGCAGCGAGGCUCACCAAGAGAUGACAGCUGAGGAAGAAGAGGCCGAGUACGAAGCAUAUCUCCGUGAGCGCGAGUGUGCGCAGCGAGACGACAUCAACUUUCCGGAUGAGAUCGAUACCCCCAGGCACUUGGCUGCCAGUGUGCGCUUCCAACGUUAUCGUGGACUGCGUAGCUUCCGCACAAGCCCGUGGGAUCCAUACGAGAAUCUGCCUCUGGGUUAUGGCGAGAUCUUCCAGUUCGAGAACUUUGCAGCGACCCAGAAGAGGGUGGAGCGCGAGGCCCGUGAGGAAGGUGUCGAGCUCGGCACUCGCGUAACUUUGGUACUCAGCAAUGUUCCGCGCAAGGCAAUUGCCGGCAGAAGUUAUGGAUCGCCAUUUGUUGUCCAUGGCCUCCUCCGUCACGAGCACAAGCAGACUGUGCUUCACUUCGUGGUACAGAGAAACACCGAGUACACGGAGCCCGUGCGCGCCAAAGAUCCGCUGGUGUUGUGUGCCGGGCCGCGGCGCUACAACAUCAACCCUCUCUUCUCCCAGCAUGUUCGAGGGGGCGGAAGAGGUGUCAAUAAUGUCCAUAAGUCGGAGCGCUAUCUCAAGCCCGGAUCGACGACUGUUGUGACUACGUAUGGCCCAGCCUGCUUUGGCAAGCUCCCAUGUCUCCUGCUCAAGCAAGAUUCUCAAAGUGGUCUUCCUGAUUUGGUGGCGAUGGGCUCGUUCCUUUCGUCUGAUCCUACGCGGAUUAUUGCAAAGCGCAUCGUUCUCACAGGGCAUCCGUUCAAGGUUCACAAGAAGACAGCGACCAUCCGUUACAUGUUCUUCAACCGUGAUGAUGUCCAGUACUUCCAGUCUGUCGAACUUCACACCAAGUAUGGCCGCACUGGACACAUCACGGAAGCUCUCGGAACCCAUGGCUAUUUCAAGGCACACUUUGACGGCCCCAUCCAGCAGAUGGAUACUGUCUGCAUGAGCCUCUACAAGCGCCAGUUCCCGAAGUGGUCGACCACGUUCCAGCCGCCUACUGUGACUGCCGUCAAGGAGGAUGACAACACGAGCAUGGAGUUAGAGUAA